AGUUUCAGCACUGACGAUCCACACGCAACUGAAAGGCAAGGCCGGCAGUUACCACUAGAUGGCAGUCGCAGAAUUACCGUGCUGGUAGUCUUCAAAUUCAUCUAGUUAAAAAAAAAUAAUAAUAAUAUUAAUUUGAAUCAAGCUAAUUGUGUACUGAAGUAUCAUUUGUCUUUUUCGAUUACUUUAUUUACACGGAAAAUAUAAGUCUAGUCACUUGGCUUACGCACCCUCCCCCCACGAUCGGAGUCGAAUUUAGUUUUGGAAUCGAUUCUAUUAUAGGAUACACACUGACUUAACGUCAUGGCGGGACAACCUGUGCCAACGACUGCAACUGCUAACACUGUAGAGAGUAUGGCUCAGGCCCUAGUCACAGCCAUCUCCAGGGAGUUGUCUACAGGUCACACUCAAAACACAGGUUCUGCACCUGUCAGGCCUCCUCAACGUGCCUCUAGCAACACCUUUACUCCCUUCAUUACUCCCUCUAUUACUCCCUCUACUCCCUCUACCAGCACUGAUGCAUCUGCCAGAGUCAACCAGGCUUUAAAGAGACAGUUUCCAAAUAUGUUUAGUGCUAAAUCAGACGCAAAGAGAGGCAAAGGUCGGAUUAGCAGAACAGUGCCUAUCAAGUGCACAGAUCUCACAGUCUGUGUUCUACCUUCACCGACAACCCUAACAACGAAGCCUACAGUAGAAUUGGAACUGGCUCAGGCAGGGUUAGGGAAAAAAGUGGUGACAAUAGCAGAGAACUGCAAACACAUGGAUAUAGUAACAAUUAUGGAGGAAGAGUUCCCCAAACUUCAACCACUACAAGGACGGUGGAUGUUUUAUAAAGCAACCGGAGGAAGUGGCCAGAGAAGAAUGACACUUAUCUCCAUGGACACAGACAACAAACAAAUUAAAUCUUGGUGGGCUGUCCUCUUGUGUGAAGACAUCAGUGAAAAACCUGGGCGUUGUCUUUGAUGAGUCUUUGAAAUUUGAUAAACAGAUAAACUUGGUCGUGAAAUCAUGCUUUUUCCAGUUGCGAAUGCUAUCAAAAGUAAAGUCAUUUCUCUCCUUCAAAAAUUUUGAAAAAGUAAUCCAUGCCUUUAUAUCCUCCAGGCUGGAUUACUGUAAUUCUCUAUAUGUUGGGAUUAGCCAAUCAGCUCUUUCCCGACUACAGUUAGUUCAAAAUGCAGCAGCCAGACUGCUCACAGGUAUUCGAAAACGGGACCACAUCAC